GUAAUUUGAGGCGGUCAACACUAAAAACUGACGCAGGAUGACCACUGAAAAUGGUGAGAUUCGCCGUCCAACUAUUGCUGAUCGUGAGGAUGAAUAUCGUUCGCGUCGUCGAUUGCUGAUGAUUUCUCCAGCAAGAGUAGACCCGUUCGCUGACGGUAUGUAUACAAACAGCGUUUUUAUUGUUUAUCAGCAUUUAUCCUUAAGUUAUUACCCCAUCUAAGAACGAAUUUUUCUUUUUUGUAUAGCGAUGUGGUGUCCAGCGGGGCUUAUUUUUUGUGUAAGGUUAGGGCGUUUGGUAAGUGCAUAUGAUUAGGUGAUUGUUUAGUUCUUAUACAUUCUACGCAAUCCAAACUCUUUUACAGCGAUUUCGCAUCAUUCAACCUUGAAGCAAUCUCUUGGUUCGGAAACGAUGGCCCGGGAUAAACCCAUCACGUGCGUCAUUUUUUUAUGAUGUUAAAUUAUUUGUAUAGUUCUCUAAUGCCUAAUUUGUCUUUGCUUCUUUUUAUUUAUAUUUAUUUCUGCGCACCACUGACAAAUAAUUUGAUGAAUUGGCGUUUGUAGGCGACCAAACACCGGAUCACCGUCUAUCAACGUACAAAGAUAUCAUGCUUAAUCAGCAACUCACCAAGGAACAACGAGCAUUGCAGGCAGAGAUAGCCGAAAGAGGUAAGACUGGGACGCUACGAAUGGACUCAGAAGUUCCCACGAAAAGACGUAGAUGGGAUCAGCCUACCACAGAUGUCAACGGGACUAAGAAUGACGCACCAACUCCUGCUGCUACUCCAUCAACUCCUUCGAAGCGUUGGGGAGAUGACGCACUCACUCCUUCACGUCCACCCUCUACACUUACAGGAGUCUCAACCCCUGGAAGCCGGUCACAGUGGGAUGACACUCCUGGGAGAGCAAAAGACCCUGGCGCAACCCCUGGACAAAGCGUUAGGCAAUGGUCAGAAACUCCCCACUUUGCAGCUACUCCAGGUCGAGAAACAGGAAGUUCUGCAUUUGGUGUAAGUAUUGAGACUGGUGAAUUUCAUGCCGCUAACUAAUUCCUCGUGCUAAUACUUUUAAUUUUUUCCCGUUCUAGGGGACACCUAGUGCUAGACGUAACCGUUGGGACGAAACUCCUCACACUGAAAGGUAUGGUGCCGAUACACCAGGUCAUGGUGCUGGAUGGGCAGAAACCCCCAGAGCUGAUCGAACUCCUGGCGGUGUAGAGUCAAUUCAAGACACACCAUCUUCAAUGGUUUAUGGACCAGGCUCCACUCCAUCAAGCAUUGCUGCUGCGGCCGCACUUGCCGUUAAGCGCAGAUCUAGAUGGGACGAAACUCCACUAAAAGCAGGAUCAACUCCAGGUGGUUUAACACCAUCUCAGGUUAGUAGCGGUAAUGUAUUUCGUCUGUAGACUUCAUAUUAGUGCAACAAAUUUUAUUUUUACUGUGUACCUUUUCAUGUUAAAAAUUUCGAAUUUAGUGUAGAACCGCUGACCUUAACAAACAACUAACCUUUUAGUAUAAUCCAGCUAGCUAAGAGCUUUGGCAAGCAAAAAUAUCUGCCAACAAUAAUUUAGUGCUGACUUGUCGCUGAUAACUAAGAAUAUUUCAAUAUUAGCAACAAAUUUAUUCAGUAGUACCAAACGAUAAGCAUUUAAAUCUCGUGUACGGUACUCCCUGAAUUUAUCAAGUCAGCCCAUCAAAUAAACAUUUCUGUAGACUUCAAGACGUAUCUAACAAAUCCUAAAAUGUUGAUUGCCAAGAUUAAACAAAGUAAAGAAUUAGUUGAAUGAUUUUCAAACUAUUUAAAACAACGACCUACUGAAUUAUCCUUGAAUAUUUGGGGAUGUAUCAGCUAUGCAUGUUAUUGCUUUCUUGUUUCGUGUCCAUGAUUUCGUUAGGUUUUCGGUCCUAAGUACUCACAGCACCUGUAGGUUGCAGUUUUCAAGAGCACCUUAGUGAUUUUUUAUUUUGUGAUAUAAAAGCGUGUAUCAUCGUAGCAUUCACUGUUUCGAGUUGCCAAAAAUGUACUGAUGAAAGUCGGUUAGGGAUAAAACACUGGCGUGUUGUAUAAGUUAAUAAAACAGCGCGGUCCAUAAGUUGGUCUUCUAAACUUCAACGAUCAUCUAUGUCAUUUCUCUCUCAGCAUGUCGCAGAAACUAGACAAAGCCGAUGCACAUAUGUGAUUUAGAUCCCUAUAAUAGGUGUCAUCGUUCUUUAUUGUUUUGGUUUUUAGACUCCGGGCAGCUUCACACCGUCAAGUGCUAUGGGUGGGAUAACACCAGGAGCAACUCCUGGAGGCUUUAAUGCGGCUAGCGCUUUCACUCCUUCCGGAACUACUCCAACAGGUUUACGGGCUAUGGCUAUGGCCACACCAAAUUUCGGGUCUGCUGCCAUAACAAUACCAGGAGCAGGAAUCCCAAUGACUCCCGAACAGUUACAAGUAUAUGCUUGGCAGAAGGAGAUCGAUGAUCGAAACAGACCUCUAACUGAUGAGGAUUUAGAUGAGUUGUUGCCUCCAGGUACGAGUUGUUCGGUUUUACUAAGUUAUUCACUGAAUUUCAACUAUUUCUUUCACCAAUCUUGUGUUAGUUUGAAAAUAUGAACUUAUUUGUUGCAGAUAAAACUUACUAACUUACUGAGUCCAUCAUCUCUACCAUGCCAAGUAUAUUUAAGCAACAUAUAACAAGUUAUCAUAUUUCAGACAAAAAAUAAAGUAAAUGUGAGCUUUUAAAUAGCUAACUGCUACUUUCACACUAUGUUGGGUUUUCUAACAUAAACCUUUAAUUGUUUAUCAUUAGUUAGACGACAGUCCAACGAUUGUUUCUGUUUCUAAACAUCAUUCGCGGUGGCCUACACAUUCCUUAAUUCAUGUUCACUCAUCUCAUACUGUGCAUUCUUCGAUAAACAAUAAUGAACGGUUUAUGACAUGGUAAAAAAUAAGGGGGAGUUCUGUCACCUCUACACUUUCCAACACAUUUUGACUAGAUGGGAUUCUAAAGGUUAUGCGUGUCAUCAUAUGUCUCAGGAUAAAGGCUGUUAGCAUUCGUGCUGUUGUGUUUAUUGUAUUGAGUGUAAAUAAAAUCGCGUUUUUACUCCAACUUUCUCAUUACCUGUUGUUUUUUUAAGGGUUUUGUGAUUUGUUCGCAAUGUCAUCUUUUCGCUCUGUGCGGGGCAUAUUUGGUGGUGCUCCAUUAUAAAAAAUAUUCCUCCCAAAUAAUUAUGCCAAAUAACGACGCCCUUUGUUAGUUGGCGGGUCAGUACUUAAAACAUCCCUACCAUUUUAUUUGGUGCACACUUACAAGUUUGUUUAUAUAUUUGACUUCCUCGAAUGACUGUCUUUAUUUUUACGCCAGUCACCUGCGAUUCCGAUAGAUCGCGGAUUUGUAAUUUCUUUUUAUCGUAUAUGAAGUCAAGACCAAACCUACCCAGUCUGUCGGCUAUUAAUGUUAUUCGUUUCAGCGAGACGUAUCAUUUCAGUUAACUUCACGACCAGGGAUAGUCUCAUGUCCGCAUUUCAUGGAAAAUGAGAUCUUUACUGCUGUUAACUAACCAACAUCAAUAACAAUCAAGUUGUCAUUUUUUCUGCUACAGUUGCACACAUAACUGUUGGGUAAACAAUUUUGUGUAUAAAAUUUAAUAUAUUGAUUCACUUGUCUCCAGGUUAUAAGAUCAUGCCACCGCCCGCCGGUUACGUCCCAAUAAGGACUCCUGCUCAUCGAUUGGUAGCAACACCAACUCCAAUGAUUGGAGGGACUCCAAUGGGCUUUAGAAUCGGCACACCUGAUAUUGGAACAACAGCUGGGUUUGGUAUGAAUGCAACUGGAGGUAAUGCUGCGGCUCUUGGUGACAUGCAACCUAAAGGAGCUAAUUUACCCAUGAUGAGACCUGAUGAUCUACAGUAUUUUGAUAAACUGCUACAAGAUGUCGAUGAGGACACUCUUCCACCCGAGGAGGCACGUGAAAGAAAGAUAAUGACAUUUUUACUCAAGAUAAAAAAUGGUACUCCUCCAAUGCGUAAGUCAGCCCUAAGGCAAAUCACUGAGAAAGCAAGGGAAUUCGGUGCAGGACCUCUGUUCAAACAAAUAUUACCCCUUCUGAUGUCUCCUACAUUAGAAGAUCAAGAACGCCAUUUGUUAGUGAAGGUCAUCGAUCGUAUUUUGUAUAAACUGGACGAUCUUGUCCGCCCUUUUGUGCACAAAAUUUUGGUUGUUAUUGAACCUCUACUUAUUGAUGAAGAUUAUUACGCUCGUGUCGAGGGGCGUGAAAUAAUAUCUAAUCUCGCAAAAGCUGCUGGACUCGCUACUAUGAUUUCUACUAUGCGUCCCGAUAUUGAUAAUAUGGACGAAUAUGUGCGUAAUACAACUGCAAGAGCGUUUGCUGUCGUUGCAUCAGCUCUAGGAAUCCCUAGUUUGUUGCCAUUUUUAAAAGCCGUUUGCAAAUCUAAAAAAUCUUGGCAAGCUAGACAUACUGGCAUCAAGAUUGUUCAACAAAUAUCCAUCCUUAUGGGUUGUGCAAUUCUACCGCAUUUACGGUCUUUAGUGGAAAUUAUUGAACACGGGUUAGUUGAUGAACAACAAAAAGUUCGCACUAUUACAGCAUUAGCUUUGGCCGCUCUUGCUGAAGCAGCUACUCCUUAUGGCAUAGAAUCAUUUGACUCAGUUUUGGAACCUUUGUGGCGUGGUAUAAGAACUCAUCGAGGCAAAGGUUUAGCCGCUUUCCUAAAAGCUAUUGGCUACCUCAUCCCCCUAAUGGAUGCAGAGUAUGCCAAUUAUUAUACCCGUGAAGUUAUGUUAAUUUUAAUCCGUGAGUUUCAGUCUCCUGAUGAAGAAAUGAAAAAAAUUGUUCUUAAAGUAGUCAAGCAGUGCUGUGCAACAGACGGUGUCGAACCUGAUUAUAUUAAGUCGGAAAUUCUACCACCGUUUUUCCGUAGCUUUUGGACACAACGUAUGGCUCUAGAUCGGCGCAAUUACAGACAGCUGGUUGAUACAACUGUGGAAAUAGCAAAUAAAGUCGGUGCAGCUGAUAUCAUCUCUAGAAUUGUAGAUGACCUCAAAGAUGAGUCCGAACCCUAUCGUAAAAUGGUGAUGGAGACUAUCGAAAAAGUUAUGUCUGCACUAGGAAGCACAGAAGUUGAUGCUCGACUUGAAGAGCAAUUAAUCGAUGGUAUAUUAUAUGCUUUCCAGGAACAAAGUACCGAAGACGCUGUCAUGUUGAUUGGUUUUGGAACUAUUGUACAAUCACUUGGUAAACGUGUUAAGCCGUACUUGCCCCAAAUAUGUGGUACAAUCUUAUGGCGUCUUAAUAACAAAUCGGCUAAAGUUCGUCAGCAGGCAGCCGACCUUAUUAGUCGUAUCGCUGGUGUAAUGAAAGUGUGUCAAGAAGAAAAACUAAUGGGUCAUUUGGGUGUAGUUUUAUAUGAAUACCUUGGUGAAGAAUAUCCAGAAGUACUUGGAAGUAUUUUGGGUGCCCUUAAGGCUAUUGUAAAUGUAAUUGGUAUGACCAAAAUGACUCCUCCAAUUAAAGAACUUCUGCCAAGAUUGACACCAAUAUUGAAAAACAGGCAUGAAAAAGUAGAAGAAAACUGUAUCGAUCUUGUUGGACGAAUAGCAGACCGUGGGUCGGAGUAUGUCUCUUCUAGAGAAUGGAUGCGUAUCUGCUUUGAACUCUUGGAAUUAUUAAAAGCACAUAAAAAAUCAAUUCGACGAGCAACUGUCAACACUUUUGGUUAUAUUGCCAAAGCAAUCGGUCCACAUGAUGUUUUAGCGACUCUGUUAAAUAAUUUAAAGGUUCAAGAGCGUCAAAAUCGUGUUUGCACAACUGUUGCCAUUGCUAUUGUUGCAGAGACAUGUAGUCCAUUUACUGUUUUACCUGGUCUUAUGAAUGAAUAUAGGGUCCCUGAACUAAAUGUUCAAAAUGGUGUUUUAAAAUCACUGGCUUUCAUGUUCGAGUAUAUUGGUGAAAUGAGCAAAGACUACAUAUAUGCCGUAACUCCUCUGUUAGAAGAUGCACUAAUGGACCGUGAUCUUGUGCACAGACAAACUGCGAUGACUGCAGUAGCUCAUAUGGCUCUUGGUGUAUAUGGGUUUGGGUGUGAAGAUGCUCUUCUGCAUCUCCUGAACGUCGUUUGGCCUAAUGUCUUGGAAACUUCACCACAUGUCAUUCAGGCUUUCAUGUUUUGCAUUGAAGGUCUCCGUGUUGCACUUGGUCCUAACAAAGUACUUCAGUAUUGUCUUCAAGGCUUAUUCCAUCCUGCUAGGAAAGUGAGAGAUAUGAUGUGGAAAGUGUACAAUACUAUUUACAUUGGUAAUCAAGAUGGCUUAGUUUAUGGUUUCCCACGUAUUCCUGACGAACAAGAUCACACUUAUAUCCGACAUGAAUUGUCUUAUAUUUUGUGAAAAUGUAUUUGUCAGUAUGAUCACAAUCCUAUUUACUUCUUAUUUUCACUCCCAGACUUUUAUGUUUUGUUACUAUUGCAUUCUUGUCCUUCAAAUAAGUUCCUGAUAUCAGGAUCUAUUAACUCCUACGGUUUUACACAUCGUCGUGGUCUUGUAUUUAAACCAAUUUUUUUCGGAUUAAUAAAUCAGUUAAAUUGACU